AUGGCAGUCCGAACACACGAUACCGCUGUCGCGCUCAACAAGAUCAAGCUGCAGCUCAACGACAUCGAUCCGGACAAUUGGGACAAAGAGGGCAAGGAGCGAGUGACACGAGAGCAGCUCAAACCUGCGUACGUUGCUCCGGUACGACCGUCAGUGGCAGAAGAGAUCAAAGGUCGAUGGAAUGAGCACGUCAUUGGCGCAGUGGACACACUCACCAAUGCCAACUACUAUGACCUCUUCGCUAACGGGUUGGUAUCUGCCAAGAACAUUGUUUCGCGCUUCACCUCUCCCGACAAGUACUCGUCGUCGGUGGGAACACCGCUCGAGGUGCAGACCGCUGCGACGGGUGGUAUCAAGACCGGUGUCAUCAACACCCAGGGUGUAUCGUUGCGCGAGGAAUCCAUCGCGGCGUCUGCGACGAGGGAUGCUGUGCGUGGUCCAGGGAGCAGCAUAGGCUCACGUCUGGCGAGAGCCGUCGGGCUGGACGCCGGUAAAGUCGAGAAGGUGGUCGAGGGCAAGACAGGGACAGGCUUCGGCAAGGUAGGUGACGGAUCGGCAGGGCGCACUUUCUACCUGGGCGAGGGUACGAGUCUUCGUUGA